AGACAAACGUGGCAUGUAUUGUACUCGCAAUAACAAGUAUAUAUAAUAAUUGAGAUGUUGAAAAGAAAAGGGGAGUGAGUAGAUAGCAUAUAGGUACGUAGUCCAAGCAGUGAGGCAAAGCAAAGCAAAUCAGGCUGCUAAAUUAAUUACUUUAAUUAUAUUUAUAAUUUAUAAUUAUAAUUAUUUAGAGGCAUGAGGAAGAAUAACAACAAUCAUCAUCACCAUCAUCAUGGUCAGGGAGGCGGCCGUUCAAGCUCUUCCUGCGCCGCCUGCAAGUUGCUGAAGCGGAAGUGCGUCCCCAACUGCCAGUUCGCCCCCUACUUCCGCUCCGACGACCCGAAGAAAUUCGCCAAGGUCCACAAGGUCUUCGGCGCUAGCAACGUCGCCAAAAUUCUCAACGAGGUCCCGGAGGAGCAGCGCGAGGACACCGUCAAUUCCCUCGUCUACGAGGCCGAGGUCCGCCUCACCGACCCCGUCUACGGCUGCAUUGGCGCCAUCGCCUCCCUCCAGCGCCGUAUGGCCCAGCUCCAGUCCGACCUCCUCCUCGCCCGGGCCCGCCUCGCCUCCUACGCCUCCAAGCCCCCCGCCGCCGACGCGAAUUGCUGCUCCUCUUCUUCCUUCUUCAAUUGCCUCCCUCAGGCCGCCAUCGCCGAUUUCCCAGUUUCCUUCGCGGAUGAAUUCUCUCCGUCCGGUGGAUUCUGCGAGCAGAGCUCUAUCGCCGUUGAUCACAGUCACACCGGUGGAUCUCUGAAUAAUCCGCAAUUCGGCCAUUAUCCAUUCCAUUGGCCUUGAUUAGUCGUUUCGUAAUUGUGUUGUUAAUUAUUAGAUCGAUCGGAGAAAUAAUUACGAUGGGAGACCAAGGCCAGAAUGGCGCUGGAACUUCUUCAGUGGUACGCUCUUAAUUAGCCUUGUUAUAAUAUAAAUAUGUGUAAUUAAUUAAUUAAUUAUUAUGUGGAAUGGAGUAGAUGAACGUAGGCUGUGGUGAAAUUUGAAGCCACAUUUAAGUUCACCUAUGCAGCACGGAAACACCAGCGUUAUGUUUCAGUUUCGGAAAUUCUACGAAUUCAUAGAGCUUCAGGUAUUAAUUGAAGAAGAAUGAAUUGCUAUUUUCAGUAUUUUGCUAUGCCUGUUUCAUUGAGAGUAGUUUCUGGGUAAAAAAAACGUUUCAAUUAGUGGUAGAUGAAUGGCUGAGAUUGUCCUUAUCAUCAUGUGUAAAGUACUAUUUCCGGAAUGAUGAUAUCUCUCCUUCGCCGUGUGGGUGUAAAUACACAGAGGAGGUGUCAGAAUGAGAGGUCUUCUUCCUAUUACACAAUCAAACAGAGUAAGUACUAUGUACUGCAAAAGUCAGAUUCACCUUUCUUUGAUUUACAUGUCAUUAAGAUUUAAGAGAAACGUGUUUGGUUGUUGAAAUGGUUAGUCUUCGGGGAUUUCUUUGGUCCGAAUGAGAGAUUGACCGCCGGGAUAAAAUGUUCCACAUCGAGUUAGGAUUGAGAUCUCUGUAGUACGGCAGAGUGCCUUGCAGGGAGAGGUCGUCGAAGAGAAGAAAUAAAGCUUCGUGAUGUUGAUUUCUAAAUCUCUUAUCAUAAAAAUUUUGAUCGAACGGUCCCCAAAAAUCGGGUACCGUGCCUUGCUCUAAGGUAAGGCAGAAGCUCCGGAUCCUACUUGUUAUGUUACAUUUUUAGUUUUGAAUGCCAAGUACAUUCGGAAUGAAUCAAAGAACUUUUUGUAUACUGAUAUCCUGAGUAAAUUUUUAGGGAGAAAUAAAAUUAAAUAUCCUAAACGGUUAAGGAGUGACUGAGUGAGAGGUGAGUAUCUCAAAUGUACACAUGUAAUAAAACUACUUCAAAAGUGAUAUAAAAAUUUAUCUUAGCACCAUUAUAAUAAUUUUAUUCUUUCACAAAUGUAAACUUGUAGUGCAAAAAAAUUAAAAUGUAAAGUACCUUGGGCAUUUAUAAGGAUGAAAUUAUUAAUGUGUAUUUGAACAAAUAUGUCCUUGAGGCUCUUGAAAGGUCUUAAUUAAUACUAAAUUCAUAAAAAAAAUAAUAAAAAACGUCAAAAAAUUAUUGAAAAAUUCAUAAAAUUGUUCUGGGAGGCGGUGGGAAAGGUUUCCGUAUUUUUUUAUGAUUUUUACUAUUUUUAAUAAUAAAAAAAAUAAAAAAAUACUCCCCCCUUCCCAUUUAAAGGUUCUCAUCCACUAUUCACAUGAUCAACUUAAAUUAUUCUUAACCUUUUUCUUUAUAUAUCAAAUUUUUAUAAAAAUUAUAUUUUUUUAAUCAGGCUUUGUAGCGACUUUAAUGUAGUUUCCGAAUAUGUAAAUUUUAUUUACUAGAAAUUAGCAGAGUGUGAACAGGCAUCGAGUUGUUUUAUCGUCAGUCAAACAUCGUAACGCGAACCGGGAACCUCUAUAUGGGACUGAGGGAGUAUUUUUUAAUUUUUUUAUAUUAAAAAUAUUUUUUUAUUUUUUUAUUAUUUUUGUACGAUUUUUAAAAAAAUUACAAUUUUUUACUAUUUUUUAAGAUCUUAUUUUGAAUUAUACGCCCCCAGUCGCUAAUAACUUUGUCAAGUUUGACCGGUACAGAGAUUAAUAAAGUAAAAACUGUGUGGUUGAGGGUUGUACAGAGGAGAGGGAAUUAACUGGAACCACUAAUUCUUUACUUAAAUGGGAAAGUGACAAAGUUAAUGAGACAUCCAAAAAAGGAAAGUUGACAAAGUUAUAACGGACGGAAGGAGUAACGUGUUAGUAUGAAAUAAUACCCUUGAGGGCAUUUUGGGUAUGCUGAAUUUAUCUAGUCCUAUUUUGGAUGGUAAAAAAUGUAGUAGUCUUUUUUGUGCUUUUUUUUAGUUAUUUUUAAUCUUACAUAGACCAAUUUCUAUUUUCCUAAUUAUUGCCAUGCUUUAAUACUUAGUUUUAAAACUCGUUUUUUUUAAUAUCUCUGUUGAUGCCCAUUAAUCCCUUUCCCCUCGAAAACCCAAAAAACUUCAAUUAAUAAAAGUAUUCAAUUUGAGAACGUGACAGUUAACUUUUAUGAUUAACUUUUACCAAAAAAAAGUUCCUUAUGAUUUAACUUUUUUGUUAAAUGAGCGACAAGCUAUACCGCCUAUACGUAGUACGAAGUAUUUGACAACAAAGUAAAUUGAAAAAGUGUGCAGUGAGUGUGAGUAAUAUGUGUAUUAACCCGCUACAAAGUUGUUUAGGGAGCUUCUACUUAAUAAAAACACUUUUGAAAGUGAUUAGUAGUAAAAGUUGAUAGUGUUUGCAAAUAAAGUGAUUUUGAAAAAUAUAAGUUAGUAAUGUUUGAUAAAUAAUUAAGUGCUUUUUGUGAAAUAGAAAAAAAUAAAACACUUUUUGCACAAAAGUCGAGAAACACUUUUUAAGUAGAAGUUGUCACUUGAAAACACUAAUUUUAGCUUUUUUAAACCAAAAGCCGAGAAGCGUUUUUUUUUAAUAUCAGUCACGUUGUCUCAUUCCUAUAUAUCGAGACUAGGGCUGGACACGGAUCGGGUCGGGACGGAUAAUGCAAAAUAAAAUGGAACCGCCGGUUCCAUUAUACAGGUCGGUCCGAUCUGAGUAUUGUAAUUUUAAAAAUAGAAACCCGACCUUACCCGGCCUGUUUGAAACGGGUCAGUCUGGUCCGGGUUUUUCGGUUCCAGUUUGUAUUUCUUAAAAGUAGUAACUUACAAAGUUGUUAAGGUCUUAGCCAUUCUGAAUCUUGUAAAUGCUAAAUGCUACUUGAUAGAGUAUUAAUUUUAGAGAGAAGUGAGAGCUAGAGAGAGAAAGUGAGUAAUUAUAUUUCUCAAUUGGGAAAAGAAUCCCCCAUAAUUAGCCCCUUGGGUCUAUUUAUAGGUAAAAAUGUAGAUUUGGGCCCCUAGCCUUGGGCUUAGGAGGCCCAUUACAAUAAUCAUGCCCUCUUUGGGCGAAUAAGGCCACUAAUGGGCUGAGUACAACACUUAGUACAAAAAUAGGAAAAUACAUUCUGCCCGGACGAAGUCCGGACGAUGCGGUCCAUGGACGACGCGGUCCAUGGACGACGCGGUCCAUGGACGAUGCGGUCCAUGGACGAUGCGGUCCAUGGACGAUGUCAUCCAAAUAACUCAGGCGACAUCUUCUUUCUUGGACGGUACGUGCCUCUGGCCGAUGCGGGUGCCCCGCUGGUGUCUUUUGGGCCAUUGAGUAUGUGGGCUAUGGGGUCCAGGCCCAUAUACUCUAUCAGGAGUCCCCCACUCUCUGAGCUGAGGUGAAGCCGAAGCGAAAGGGAGUACUUGUUCCUUUUUGGCUGGCCGUUGCGUGAGUCUAAGGCGUUUGAUGGCCGAAGAGUUCCUGCUUUGAUUUUGGAUGAAGCGGUUCCCUUAUUUGAUGCGGGCCGAUGCGGGCCGAUGCACACUCUGUGGAAGUGUCUUUGAAGAUGAGGCGAUGCGCUUUCUUUUUUGUAGAUGAUGCGAUGAAGCCUUGGUGGAUAAGUUGGCAUGCUUUUGUCGUCAGCUUGUUGGGGUUUGAAGAGCUCCCAUCUAUCCUUUUGGCCGUAGCGCAGACCUAUUUUCAUAAGAUGAAGAUGGUUGAUUCUGCUUAUGUAGACGAUGCGAUGCGCGCCUUUGUUUUGUUAUGCGGCCGAAGCGUUUUGACUUGUGAGUUUUUGUUAUGGUGAGACGAUGCGGCCCUCUCAGUGUACGUAGCCGUUGCGUUAGAUUUUUUUUUUUUAUCUUGGGGUUCUAAUUCCUGGGCUCUGUAGCCGAUGCGAUCCCCAGUUCUUUUGUUGUUGGCAAGCCGUAGCGCACCCUUUUGUAUUAAGGCCGUUGCGCUCUCUCUUCUUGUGGCCGAUACAGUCCCCCAGUCCCCCACUCCUUUGGCCGAAGAGCAUCUGAGGCACAAGGGAGUAAUGAGCCGAUCCGGUACCUAUGCGUUAGUCGUGACUCCAACCCUUAGGCGAACCCGUCCAAGGUAACCCUGUGGGAGAACCCUUGGACGAAGGCCGCGAUACCAGGGUCAUCGUCAACGAUGCGCGCCUAGGCGGCCGUAACGGUCUAUUAAGGUUCUUUGAGUCGUUGUGAGGACGUAGAGUUAGGCCGAUGCGUUCCUUUUUCGGCCGUAUGGGCCGACGCUUGCUUUGAAGCUCUGUGGUACUUGGGCCGUAGUGGUUUUUGGCCGAUACCUUGCUCUUUGUAAGGUUGAGUUGGGCCGUAGGGGUGCCUGCGUGAGUGAUUUUUGAAUUGUUGCCCUCUGAUUGGUUGGGAGAAGGGUGGCCGUUGUCGUGGCCAAUGCGUGGGUGCCACGUGUAGUAACCGUUGGAGGAUGUUUAUAAAUACCCCCUCAUUCCGAAGCCCCUUCCUCAUUUGCUUUUGCUAGAGUUGAAGUGCUGCUGAGAUUUCUAGAGAGAUAAAGUGCUUCCCAGAAAUCUUCAAGUGUUCUUCGGAUCUUCACCCACUCCAAGGUUAGGUUCUUGAAUUGUUUUCCCUUUUUUCUUUAUACUUUGCUUCCUAGGGGGUUAGAUCUAGUGUUUCUAGGGAAAAUCACUUUGAUCCUCGAACAACCCUGAGGACGUAGCAUAAUUGUUAUGCCGUUCCCUGACGGCCGUAGCGUCCCCUCCCCAAUUGACUUAACAGCUUCGCUGAACGAAUCCGAUUGGCCUUUUGACGACGACACAUCCCCCGGGGUUGAUCUAAGAGUGGUGGAGGCUUUCGAGGUUGAGAUGGAAAACACUGCGGAUUACCGUACCUCUGCGGACGAGGAGCGUCUAAGCGCCGAUGCGGGUUCUCAACGAUCUGGUGAGGACGAAGCAAGCUCUGACCCCAAACUUCGUGGCGACGAUGCGGGCGAUGCAUCCUCGGCCGCUAUUCCUUGUCCUCCCCCGCUUACCUCUGUCCCUGGCAUCGCUCCGUCUUCUUCCAAAUCCAAGGUGGGGAAGUCGCGCCGUCGGAAGGGCUUAUCUGGUAGCAUCUCGCAACUGGAUUUGACGAAUCUUUAUAUUAUAAGGCCGAAGGGUUCCCAAGGUGAAUAUCAGGUGGCUCAGCUCUACGUCGGACCUUAUGGAAGGGUUAGGGCGCCGAAGCCGACGGACCAUGUUCUGGAUCCGCCUCCCGGUUACUUCGGGGUGUAUCCGAUGAGCUUCUCCCAGGGUUUGAGGUUCCCCCUUCAUCCGUUUGUCGUGGAGUAUCUCAACAUGAUAGAUCUUCCGCCCGCUUUGCUUACUCCGAACAGCUAUUCCCUCAUCGUCGGGUUCCUCAUCCGAUGCGAUGAGCUUGGGAUUGAGCCGACGACGGCAUUGUUCACGAACUUGUACCGGAUCGGACGGGGCAGCCACGAGAACUGUGCUGGUUAUGCUGCCCUCCAACAGCUGCCGAAGAAAAGAUCUUUUACUGAUCUCCCGUCGUCUAUCCAUGGGUGGAAGAGUAAAUUUUGCUUCGUGAAAUUAGCCGAUAGGGUGUUCUUCCCAUCUCAAGGGCACAACGGUAUCUUUAAUUUGCACAACCCACCAAGGAGCCUUGAGAUUGAUGCUCAGGUGGAAGCGUUCCUGAAGGGUGGGCCGCGGAGUGUCAACACUUACAUUACUGAGUUCAAGAUAGCAGCUCUGGGGAUGAUGCGGUACCACAUUCCCGGUGACCCUGAUUGCGGAUUAUGGCCGAAGAUAUCCGGCUACUUUGAGCAGGCCGACGGGCCCUACCUCGGUGUCCCAGCCGAUGCCGAAGGUUGAUCACUUUCUUUUGACUCGUGAUAUAGUUCGUUGUAUUUGUUUUCUAACUCUUUUGCUUUGUCCUUUGCAUCUGCAGAUUUCACCAUGAGCCGUAAGCUCUUCAUGGCCCAGGCGAAAAAGAUGGUUGCCAAAGAAAUGGAAGCUGCCCAGCGGGCCGACGCGUCCAAGGGGUCCGGUGACGGGUCUAAGUCUCAGGCCGAUGCGGUGAAGAAGGCCGUUGCGACCAAGAAGAAGAAGAGGUCCGCUGAAGGGCAACAGACCUUGACGGAGGCGGGGCUGGUGCCGGCUGAAGGUGCUAAGAAGGCGAAGCCGAGCCCUCCCCUUCGAGAUGCUGUUAUGGCCGACGCGCAGGCGUCGGUUCAAGGGGAGGCUGCCUCUGAUGUGCAGGUCAUCGAGGAUCUGACUUUGAACGUCGCCUCGUCCUCCCUCGUUCCUGCUAACUCCGGUGCCGCUGCUAAAGAGAGGGCCCGCGCCGGCCGAGACCUGGCCUCUGGUCUUUAUGAGGUUACGGUGCGGUAUCCGCCGAAGGGCGGUUUAUUCAAUGAUAAGGUCUCUGGGCACGACGUCCUUUUCCAGGCCAUUCCUGAUGCUGACAGGGAGUAUCUGCGUCGGCAGGGUAAGGAUGUGCGCCUUUUCGACGGUGGGCUUGACUACUUCGUCCAGGGGGCCUUCAUGCUGAUGGAGCAGCAGCGACGUCAGGAAGAGGAGCUUGCUCGCCUUCGGGAAGCUGAGAAGAAAGUCGCUUCUGCUGACGAGGCGCUCUCCCAGCUGGAGCGGCUUCGUACUGAGACUAACGCUUUGAAGGAAAAAGCUGAUGCAGCUGAGAGAAAAGCCGCCGCUGCUGAGGACGAGGCGAAACGCCUCAAGGUUCAGUUAGACGAAGAAGCGGCUGCCCGUCGGCUAGCAGAGGAAAGAGCUGUGAAGCUUGAGGCCGAUGCGAUUGCAGCUGCCGAUAAAGCCAUUGAGCUUUUUAUGGCCGAGGGGUGGAAGGACGAGACCCGAAGCGAUUGGACUUUCAAUGUUGUGGCGGAGCGCUUUGAAGCGUGGUCUCAGGAGGAGGCUGGCCGAGCCCGCCUGAAGGAGGAGUUUGAAGUCUGGUACGACCUCGGCCAGAGGCGUAUGCAGAUGUUGGUUUACCGCCGCCUCCGCCGGCGUGUAAAGAACCUGAAACCUAGGGGUAUCGGCCUUCCCCGGAUGAUGAAAGACCCCGAGGAGGAGUUGAAGCUCCCGCUGUCUGAGAGGCAGCCCCCCAUCCUGAGCUCGGAUGAAGAGGACGAGCCCUGGACCGAGAGUGAUGAUUACCUCUUCCGGACCUCGACCAAGUCAAAAAAUACUGAAGAUGAGCAAGACGAUGCGGACAGCGGAGCGGUUGAGGGUGGC